AUGGAUUCUCGAAUGAGACAAGCUAUAGCAAUAUGUGACAUAGAAGUAAUGCUAGAUGAAUUGGAAAGAAAUCGUGGUGGUGACAUUCGUUACUCCAGCGAAUGGUCAGAAUACUGUAACUGGCAGUUGCCAGUUCCAUCGUCAUCGCAAAGCGACCAGUGUCAGUCACAUUCGAUUGCUACUUGGCACGCUCAUGAACGUGGUUUAAUUCCAGAAUCUUCAAAUCUUAAUUCAGCGUCCAUUAUUGAGUGGCAGCUGUCAGAACGAAGGCCUAUUAUUGGCGCCAACUGCCCAAAACAUAGAAAUUAUUAUACAGUUAUGUCAUUACAACAGUCAUUGACACCACAAGUGAUUGUCAACAAAACUUCGCCAGCAAACGGCAUGGUACUAACGCCCCGUGGUGCCUCUUAUAUGGGACCGCCAGCAAGCCAAAUGAGCAUCUCGCUAAAUACACCCUUACCAUCAGAUGCGAUAACGUCCUAUCAGGAAGAAGAAGGAAUCGAUUGCUCACCUUGUUGCAGUAAUGAUAUCCUCAGGAGGACAUUUCGAAACAUUGUAUAUGGACAAAUUCUGUCAUUAUGUUUAUGUGGUACAGGUGUUGGUAGUCAGUUACUCAGUGACAGAGGAGUGAGUACUCCGACAGCUCAGAGUUUUCUUAACUAUUUCCUGUUGUCAUCCAUUUAUGGGACAAUGCUCGUCUUCCGAAAAGAAGAGAAUGCGUUUUUACCAGUACUCAGGAAACGUGGAUGGCGUUAUUUGCUGUUGGCUAUUGUAGAUGUUGAAGCUAACUAUAUCAUUGUUUACGCUUAUCAGUUUACUAAUUUGACUAGUGUGCAGUUGCUGGAUUGCUCAACGAUACCGAUGGUAUUACUAUUAUCAUGGUUAUUCCUUUCCACGCGCUACCUCUUGACACAUAUAAUCGGUGUUGGAAUUUGUCUUAUCGGAAUUGCUGUUCUUAUUUGGGCUGAUGCUCUAGAAGGAAAAGGUGCUUCUGGAGGUUCUAACCGAAUUUUGGGUGAUGUAUUGUGUUUGACUGGCUCAGUUCUAUAUGCAGUGGGUAAUGUAUGUGAGGAAUUUUUAGUGAAACAAAAUAACCGAGUCGAAUAUCUUGGUAUGGUUGGCUUAUUUGGCUCAAUCAUUUCGGGGAUACAGCUUGCUGCUUUGGAACAUCGUGAGUUAGCAUCAAUCAACUGGUCAGGAAUGAUCGUAGUAUAUUACGUUUUAUUUGCUGCCUCUAUGUUUCUCUUCUAUUCAAUGGUCAGCGUGGUUUUGCAGGAGUCUUCCGCUCUUAUGUUCAACUUAUCAGUACUUACUGCCGACUUUUACACUCUUGUUUUUGGUUUAUUUAUAUUCAAGUAUGAAUUUCACCCGUUAUAUUUCGUAUCGUUUUCCCUGGUAAUUAUCGGUUCCUUAAUAUAUUCUAUCCGAGAAACGGAAAGGCGAGAUUCGGAUGAACCACGCAAUAUAUGCCGCUUGUUAUGUCAUUGUUGUACAGCUGGCAUUCCACAACGGUCUUUUGCUCAGACAUCGUUGGUACAGACUGGAAACGCAAUGGAGAUAGCGAAUAACACUGUGAUAUACGGUGGGACAGCUGCGUACCCAGAAACUACAAGUAUCAGACAUUGUCCAGUACAUGGUCAGCAAGUGCCCUAUUUACAACAACAUCAACCAACUGAUACGGUGGAAACAUACGCAUAA